AUGGAAGGAGAGAGAAGUGUCAAUCCCAAUUAUGACCUCCAAGUUUCAUUCACCAACACCCCUCAAGCCAUCCAUGAAAUGGGUUUUGUCCAAUUUGAAGAAAAUCAGGUUCUUAGCUUCUUGGCACCCUCAGCUCAAUCCCAAUCUUCUCAGCUCUCUCAGUCUCUAAACCCUGGUGGCGGCAGUAAUACCGUCGCCGCCGCUACCACCACCACUACUUCUGGAUCCGUCGCAACAAUUGGUUUUAACCAUAAUGACCUUGUAUCCAGAACUUCUUGGAAUAAUGAACAGGUGAGAACACUGGAUCCUAAAGCUGUCAAUGAUGAAAAUUGCACCGGAAAUACUAGUGAUGGCAGCAACACAUGGUGGAGAAGUGCAGGGUCAGAGAAGAACAAGGUGAAAGUGAGGAGGAAGCUGAGAGAGCCACGGUUUUGUUUUCAGACAAGAAGUGAUGUGGAUGUGCUUGAUGAUGGUUACAAAUGGAGGAAGUAUGGUCAGAAAGUUGUGAAGAAUAGUCUUCACCCUAGAAGUUACUACCGUUGUACUCACAACAACUGUAGGGUGAAGAAAAGAGUUGAACGACUCUCAGAAGAUUGUCGCAUGGUGAUAACCACGUAUGAAGGAAGACACAACCAUUCUCCUUGUGAUGACUCAAAUUCAUCGGAACACGAAUGUUUCUCCUCUUUUUGA